UUUUAAACAAUCAACAUUAUUUAUCUAAUCGGUUUUUAGAAGAACGGUUUUUUUUUACGUUGGCAACUAUCUUGUAAAUUGACUUAUUCACUGUAGUUGGCGGAACUUUAUUUCUUUUUCUUCCUGUAGGCGAUUGGUGUUGCGCUAUCCAAAUGGGCAAACCCCGUGGUAUACGUACGGCGCGUAAGCACGUGAACCAUCGUCGUGAGCAGCGAUGGGCUGAUAAAGAAUUCAAAAAAGCCCACAUGGGUACAAGAUGGAAGGCCAAUCCAUUCGGUGGAGCGUCUCAUGCCAAGGGAAUAGUUCUGGAGAAAGUUGGUGUUGAAGCUAAACAACCUAACUCAGCUAUCCGCAAAUGUGUGAGGGUACAAUUGAUCAAGAAUGGCAAGAAAGUGACAGCCUUCGUACCACGUGAUGGUUGCCUCAAUCACAUUGAGGAGAACGAUGAAGUAUUGGUGGCAGGAUUUGGUCGUAAAGGACAUGCUGUUGGUGACAUUCCCGGAGUCAGAUUUAAGGUGGUGAAGGUGGCCAAUGUUUCACUGUUAGCUCUUUAUAAAGAAAAGAAAGAGAGGCCGAGAUCUUAGAUCUUACAUUGUGAUAAAGUGCUGCGGGAUAGGACUUCGUUCAUAAGUGUAAAUUUAUUAUAAUGAUAAGAUCAAGUACACAAUAAAGCUGUGUAUAACAA